AUGAGCACGAGUCUCCGGCCGUAUCUUCAAUGUGUUCGUUCGUCACUUUCGGCGGCGCUCGCUAUUUCCAAUUUCGCCAGCCAGACCUCGGAGAGGCACAAUGUGCCAGAGAUCGAAGCAGCAAGCUCUCCUGAGCUCUUGCUCAACCCAUUGGUCAUUUCUCGGAAUUCUGACGAACGCACCUUCAUUGAACCCUCGGUCAACUCCGUCCGCGUGUCCCUCAAGGUCAAACAAGCCGAUGAAAUUGAACAUAUCUUAGUGCAUAAAUUCGCGAGAUUCUUAACGCAGCGCGCGGAUGCGUUCCUGAUUCUCCGGAGGAAGCCGGUGGAAGGCUAUGAUAUCUCGUUCCUUAUCACGAACUUCCAUACCGAGGCUAUGCUCAAACACAAGAUUGUGGAUUUCGUGAUUGAGUUUAUGGAGGAAGUGGACAAGGAAAUUUCGGAGAUGAAGCUUUUCCUGAACGCCCGUGCCCGUUUUGUGGCUGAGUCGUUCUUGACACCGGUAAGCAUCCAGGCUAAGCACUACGAUGGAAGACCGCUAACAUGCCAUCACAGUUCGACUGAAUGUAUGCUUUGA